CUUCAAUCCAAAUCUCGUAUCUACCUGGGAUCUGGCAUCAUUUGAAGCUUCUUCCCCCCCGCAGCUUCUUGUUAUCUCAUUCUUUCCGUGUUUUGCUACUUGCCAGAACGCGAUUGACAUCUCUUGGCCGUCUUACAGUCCCUUUUGUUCACCACUUCUGUCGUCACAAUGGCGGAUUUCGAGGACUCAGCAGCUCGUUACGAAGAUGACCGUGGCUAUGAGCGUCGUGACAGAUCAGCUUCGCCCCGCGGUGACCGAGAAGAUCGUAACCGCAGCCGAUCCCCCAAUGGUCGUGAUCGAGUGCCACCCCCUCCAUCUGAUACAAGAAUGAAAGAUAUAGAUGAGGAAGGCGCUGCCAAUACCGGAUCCAACCUCUUCGUCACUGGAAUUCAUCCUCGAUUGACUGAAAGCGACGUCUCAAGACUCUUCGAGAAAUACGGCGACGUGGAAAAUUGCUCCAUCAUGCUCGAUCCGCAUACCAAGGAAUCCCGUGGCUUUGGCUUCGUCAAGAUGGUUACAACUGAACAAGCUGAGGCUGCCAAGGAAGGCUUGCAAGGAGAGGUCAUUGAAGGCCGCACUUUGAGCAUUGAAAAGGCUCGACGUGCCCGUCCUCGUAGCCCGACCCCCGGCAAAUACUUCGGUCCUCCCAAGCGUGGCGCCUUCCGCGGCCCUCCUCGAGGUGGCGGCUAUCGUGACCGUUACGACGAUCGCCGAGGAGGCUACCCACCGCGUCGUGAUGACUAUCGUGGUGGCUCUCGCUACGAUGACUACGAUCGUCGGGGAUAUGGCGAUGACUACGAACGUCGUGGCUACGGUGGCGGUGGCGGUGGUGGUGGCCGACGUGAUCGUGAUGAUGGCUACAGUGGUCGCAACAUUGACAGAUACGAAAGCAGACGUGAGGACGGCUAUGGUGGUCGUGGCGGCGGAAGUGGCGGCGAUCGUCGUGCCUAUUAUGACCGCAGCGACGACCGUGGGUACGCUCCUCCAGCGCGCGAAGAGCAGCCUCGUGAGUAUGCUGGCGGCCGUGACUACGGUCGUGAAGAUCGUUAUGCCAGCAGAUAAGCGGGUUGCAGAGAGUACUCUCCUGCACGUCGAACUCCAGUCGUGAGCAUUUCGGCAUUCGAGAAAUUGGCUUCGAUUUCCAUCCAUGUAUUUCCACAGUCUUCUAUCCAGACUCCAGCAACAAAAGCAGUUUGUUAUUUCGAGACGGAGAGGUUGUGGUCCAAAACGCGGCGCUGAGGAAUUACGGUUCAUGGCACGAGCAACGGCAAGAAGGUCGGCACUUGCUCCUAAUUGACGACGUGGUUGUCGACAUGUAUCACAACGGUAUCGGCUGGGUCUUUCUUUACUCCUCGACUGAAAUCAUCAUGAGUCUUGUUGCGGCAGUCAGCAUACUUUUAUUCAGCGCCUUGCUUCGCCCUCGAUAGUUCGCCCCUGUCAGUCAAGAAUCGACGUCGAGCUCGACUCAUAUGUUAUCUCUUGCGCGCACACAUUGCAAAUCAAAAUAACAAAAAAACACUGACUCGCCGUGUACGCCAUGAUCAAUACGCCAGUAGUUCCACUGACAGCAGUCUAAGUCACCCUUUUAUCCUGCCAGGUCGCCAUCCCGAUGCCUCCUUUUGUGCUGUGGCAUGGGCGCCCUCAAGCACGGACCUAGCCGGCUAUCCGAGUGACAGCAAUUCGACAUGUAAUACCUACCACCCAGGCCAUCCUUCUACACAAUCCCAACGGUCGUGACACUACGUGAGGUAAGUACUAACAGUGAGUUACUAGAUUGACCUGGAGAUAGUUCUGCGGACACGCAUGCAACUCCAACGCACUCAUUCACUGUAUGUUCUCUGAAGAAAUGUUUAGGGGAAUUCCUGCCCCUUGCCGAGUUUUCUUCAUCCAAACCAGUAUCGAUGUCAUUGCGUCUUGCAAGUUAUGCAGUCUCAUCAUCGCAUUGAGGAUUUGGCCAUGGCGAUUCUAAACUAGAACCACAGUUCCACCAGACUCUACAGCAAAGCAAGACAUGUGAUUGAUUUGCAGGGUCUCAGCUGUAUGAGUGCAUUUAUGCCAUGGAUUGCGUUCGAUGGUUUCGAGAAGUGAACCCAGGCAUAUUCCCUGUAUGCCCGGAAAAUGCCUAGACCCAGCCGGUGAGUUAUCCACGAGGAGUGUGGCGAGAUGUUCGAAUGGAUCGGCAAUACCGCAAUGGACCUAUUCUGUGAUCUGACAUUCCACGGAGGACUAGUCCUCUGGUAACACAAGCAGUGAGGGCUACCUUUCGCUAUCACAACAUGCUACUUGUUGGUCUUGCUUAGCUUAGACAGCGGAAUCACUAUCUACACUGUUUUGACAGAA